GAGAAGACUCUCUGUGAUGGCCGUUUCCGUUCUCCGAUGAUCAUUCAGAUCUGCUCCAGGUCUAAAUUUUUUGCUUUCAUCUUCCUUAUCCAAACUCGUAGCUCCUUUCUUCUUCAUUAUCUUCCUUAUUUCAACAUAUCAGAAUCAAUUCCCUUUUGUUUUCGGCUACGAUCUCAAUUCAUGGCAUCGCUACCGUAGGAGCCUACUUUGAUCUACUGUAUGAAGGUCGAGGUGGAUUUUCAGAUCCAACGGAUAUCGGGGGUUUUAUGGAUCUGAUUACGGGAUGCGAUCUCUUAAUAGCAUCUCAAGAUUUUGACUCCUGGUGGUCUAGGAGACGAUAAGGGGUUUGCAGAGAUCCGGGAGCUGUCAUAAGGGAACUUAUGUCCAAUUCCAAAGAUGUGUAUACAGAAAAGGUUCUGUUGAAAGACAGCCUUUGAGGAAUGCAAGCAAGGAUCACUGGAGAUUGCUCCAAGGAUUCCAGCUCAACCACAUCCAUUUGGGGAACAUGUACAGAUGAAUGAACCGGUUGAAAGUUGGAAUGGACCACCCAAGAUAGAACUGAGUUACCUGGCCCUAUCACUGCCAUGAAGAGGUCUUGGUCAUUGGCAAAGAUUUGAAAAUGGUUGACAUAUGCGAACGGCCUUGACAAUAAGUCGAGAAAUUCCAAUUCUCUUCUGAAGUUAGGGGCGCGACCUGGUGCAAUGUAAAGUAUGUUUGUUCUAAGAGCAGGUGCGUCAUUGCCUUGCAUUUUCUUGCCUAAAAGCUCCUUUUGACCUGAGAAUGUGAUAAUAAAAUUUAUUAUUACUAAUACCACGAAGGGCACCAUUCAAGAAGGCUAAAUCUCCUGAGUUUUCAUGAAACUAGAAUAAGAUUUAAAAGACUUCUUUAGGAAGUGUAAAAGAGAUUAUAUCCUAGUAAAGGGUUUCUUUGAAACCAUAAAAAGGAUUGUUGUGAUUUUGAUAUGUUAUAUAUUGCAUGGAUCACGUCGUGUGCUCAUCUCUCACUCUCAGUGUUAGUCUUGUGGCUUUUUGGUCAUUUUGCUAGCAGAUUUCUUUCUUACUUGUUCACAGAGACUGUUUUCUCUGUUUUGUCCUCAAUGUGUUGUCUCCCUUUUUGUUUUGCACCAUGACUUUUGGGUCUUUUUACUCCUGUCUUCUGACAGUGUUUUGGCUUAUUGAUUUCCAUUUUCAUGUUUCCUUGGUCUUUGUUCAUCAUUGUGAUGGAAGAGGAAAAUAGCUUUCCUGCUUUGGCUGGACUUUGAGAUUUGGGCAGCUGAAUGUCAAUGCUUCCUGUGGUUUUGCAUUCAGCCAUUGUAAAAUCUUGUGAAUGUUGUUUUUCUUUUGGUGCUCUUUGCUUGGAUGCUUUUAGCAUUUGGAGUGGAUUCUAAUUUCUCCUUGGUACAUAAUUUUUGCUCUUUGUUUUGAAUUGUUUCUGUUGUGCAGAUUUUAGGUAUCAAGAAUGAAGUUUAUUCCGGACAUUUUCUGUUGAUUUUGAUAGGAAUGGUAGGUAUUAGGAUUUAAAAGGUAUUGGCUGACUUUGCUUGUGUGCAAAUCUGAACAGACAAGGCAAGAUUGAAGCGGUGAUAGGAAAAAGGAGCUUGGUGCUAGGGUAUGUAUUGCAUGAUGGCCCUUGGGGUGUGGGAAUAGAAUAGAUAGUAAGGGAUGGUGGAGAGAGAAGCAGGAGAAAGAAAAUCAGGCAGCAAACGUUGCCAGGAUUCCUUAGAUUAGUGUUUACAGGUGAUAAUUUCUUCCUUGUUCUUUUUUUUUUUUUUCUAUGGUAAGUUUCUGUAUUCUCACUCUCACAGAAACUCAGUGCCCUUUUUCUGGCAUGAAGGAGAUGAAUAGCGAAGGGUUGCUCGGUGACAAAAAAAAAGGACCAGGAGUGGGUUUCUGAUUUUGAGAUUUGCUAAGUAAAAAUCUGCUCUCCUUUGUUACGUUUCUUUUCCCUAAUUUUCUUCAUCGUUAGUUGAUGGAAUGGUGAGGAAAAAAGACAUGGUUAGCUUGUGACUAAGCAUAUGCAUUGGAUUAAUUCCACAUAUUUGAAAAUUUUGCAAAGUUAGGCAGAUUAUGAUAGUAAAUGAUUGAACAAAAAUGGUGUGUGCAAAGUGUAUUAAUUAAUGGAGACUUUUUUUUCUUAAUCUUUUUGUUUUGGGUGAUGUGUUGGGUGUUGUCCAGGUGGUUUUCAUUUGCCAGUUUUUUUAAUUUAAAGGUAGCAGACUGUCCUCUUUAAUUUAAAGGUAGCUGACUGUCAUCCUUUUAACUCAUGGCAUUCUGUCCUUUUUUUUUUUUUAACUCAUGGCAUUUUACUACAUGCAAAUACAGUGAGAUUGUUGAA